AUGCAAUAUAUUAGACGUUUCAUACAAAACAAUUUAGCACUUAAAGAAAUCUAUUUGUACUCGUGCCACAUCGAUGAUGAUGGAGCUGUUCAUCUAACUGAAGGUUUACCUGAAAGUAAUUUAGAGAGAACACUUGAAAUGUCUCAAAAUUCAAUUUUCGGAAAAUAUUGCGAUAGAGACAAUAAUGCUUCGUGGCAACAAGCAAGUCAAGCUUCGAAACAAAAUAAGGUCCGUGAACUUAUUUAA